CAGAUGUAUACGUAGCUUUGUAAAUGAUUGUUUCAGAAGAACAGAUACGGCAGUCCUGGAGUAUGCCAGUUUCAGACCCAAGCACAGACAGACGGCAAAGAGCCUCAGUAGCAUUUUUUCUCACUUUUCUCUCUUUAGUUUUCUCUAUUACAGCAUUCAGUAGCAAUUACUGGUGUGAAGGGACAAGAAAAGUUGCCAAACCUUUCUGCAUAGGACAGGCCAAAGGAGAUCACUGCAUCCGCUUUAAUAGCCCUGAAGCCAACAACAGCAAUGCUGUGCAAUAUAUCUGGGAGACAGGAGAUGACAAGUUUGUUGACCUAAAGUUUCAUGCUGGGAUUUGGUAUUCCUGCGAAGAAAUUAUAAAUGGGGAAGGUGAGAAAUGUAGAAGUUUUAUCAGUUUGACUCCAGCUUCUGAUCGAGGGGUUUUAUGGCUGUCUAUUGUAGCAGAGCUACUCUAUAACAUUUUACUUCUGACUGGAGUUGUUCUUAUGUCAGUAGAAAUGUGCUACUACAGUACUGUCAUUGAUGGGCUAAAGAUCAACGCCUUUUCUGCAGUAGUCAUCGUACUAGCAGGUCUUCUGGGCAUGGUUGCUCACAUGAUGUACACAACUGUGUUUCAAAUGACUGUAAAUCUUGGUCCUGAAGACUGGAGGCCUCACACAUGGGAUUAUGGCUGGUCCUAUUGCCUCGCUUGGGCUUCCUUCGCUUGCUGUAUGGCUGCAGCUGUUACCACUAUUAACAAAUAUACAAAAACUAUUUUGGAAUUCAAGCACAAAAGAAAAAUGCUGGAAAGGAGUUUAAAGAUUAAAUUCAAGUUUCCUGAUCACGCAGCUCCAGAGAAAGCUUGCAAUGUGUAUGUGAACUCUUUUCACAACGCUACAGAGGACCGUGCAUAUCCAGUAAAAGAUUUACAUCACCUGGGCACUAUUUCAGUUCUAUAA